AUGGCUUCAGCCAUGCUCAACGAGAUCCGUGACUUCGAAGAAAGAAUCGAAGAUGCCUGGUGGUCUUACCUUGAGCUCGACUUUGCGGGAAGCAGUCUGGAAGACGCGCAAAUAUCGGUGGAGAUGCUGGAAACAGUUAUCGAGGAGACAAGGAAUGCAGUUGAGGAUCUGGUUGCUCUUGCCAAUGUAUUGGCAGCUAACGAGCAGCUCAAUCCUGGUGAAAUCGACAUUCAGGCUAGGGAGUAA